UGUGCGUGUGUAGGUGUGUGUAUGUGUGUGUUUGUGUGUGUUGUAUUUGUGUAUUUGUAUAUGUUCGUGCAAAUUCAUUUUGAAGGCAUAUUUAGCUCGAGUUUAUGGAGAUGCGCCUAUGUCCAGUCAAAGCUUUGAAAAGGUCGAGAAAAAAUAACCUCACUUUUUCUUUCUCCAUCUAUCACGGUCGCACCCUGCCUCUGCCCCAGACAGCAUUAAAAGCUCAGUUCUCCAGUGACCCAGUGAGAAAGACGUAAAAGUUGCGAAAGUCGUCAAGAGACUUUGACUGGAAGAGAACAUUAUGGACUUUUCACAUUUGUUUUCAUCGCUCUUUCUGGCGUUCAUCUUUAUAUCCCAGCACGCAGCUGCAUUUUGGCUGUUCAACGUUAUCUUUCCUCCCAAUGCUAAAAGUCGUCAGGCAAGCAAUAGCACUCCACCAGUUAUUAUAGUGCCAGGUAACCUGGGAAAUCGUCUGGAUGCCAAAAUUAACAAGCCAACCUUGGUGCACUGGAUGUGCUACAAGAAGACGGAUGACUUUUUCCCCCUUUGGAUAGACCUCAAUAUGUUCAUGCCCAUCGGGAUAGACUGCUGGAUAGACAACAUCAGAAUUGUAUAUAACAAAACAACACGCAGGUCAUCCAAUGCACCUGGAGUUGAGGUGAGAGUGCCUGGUUUUGGAAAAACAUAUCCCAUUGAGUUCCUGGACACCAACAGACUGGCAGGUUAUUUCCACACUAUGGUUCAGCACAUGGUGAAUAUGGGAUAUGUACGCAAUGAGACUGUCCGUGGAGCUCCCUAUGACUGGAGGGUGGCUCCAAAUGAGAAUGAGGAGUACUUUGCACAGCUAAAGGCCCUAGUGGAGGAAAUGUAUAAGGAGUACCAGCAGCCCAUCUACCUGAUGGGCCACAGCAUGGGCUGCAACUACGUGCUGUACUUUCUCAACCAGCAGCCCCAGGCCUGGAAGGACCACUACAUCAAGGCCUUCAUCUCCUUGGGGGCCCCCUGGGGCGGAGCUAUCAAAACUCUCAGAGUGAUGGCCUCAGGUGAAAACGACGGCAUCCCAUUGGUGUCCAACAUUAAGAUCCGGGAGGAGCAGCGGAUGACCACGACCAAUUCCUGGAUGCUGCCGACUGAGGAAGCGUGGCCUAAGGACCAUGUGUUCAUCUCUACGCCAACCGUCAACUACACCAACCAAAACUACCAGCGAUUCUUCACCGACAUCAACUUCGAGGACGGCUGGUACAUGUUGGAGGACACCAAGAACCUGACGGCAGGUCUGCCGGCGCCCGGAGUGGAGGUCUACUGCUUCUACGGGGUGGGUCUCCCCACGCCCGUCACCUACAUCUAUGACGAGGAGUUCCCCAACGCAGACCCAGUGGACUUCCUGUACGAUGACGGAGACGAUACGGUGGACAGUCGGAGCAUGGGCUUGUGCAAGCGCUGGAUCAACCAACAGGACAAGCCCGUGCAUGUCACUGAGUUCAACGGCAUGCCUCAUCUGGACAUGGUGUUUGAUCACAAGGUGCUCAACUUGAUCCAGCGGAUCCUAGAGGAUAGGUGGACUGAGCCCCUGCCGGAGGAGACCAGCAACUUUAACUCCACGGCUGACAGUAGCGACCCUCCCUUAGCUCCCCCCACCACCCAGGACUAGACCAAGCUGUGGCCUAGCAGUGUUAGGGUGAGGUUAAAGAGUUACAUCCUUAUCCAUUUCAAGAAAAGAGUAGUCAUGUCUACUGUAAGAAAAGAACUGAUGUCAUUGAUGAACAACUCAUGACGUAGCAUUAAGUUUUAUUGGUUGUCAAAAGGUCAUGACAUUGUAUGAUAUAAGAUUAUUUAAAAAAAUGAAAUAACAUUGUUUCAGUAUGUGUUGUUCUGCAAUGUGAAGAUGUGAUUGUGAUAUGAUUAAAAUGAUCGUGUAU